GCUAUAAACUAAUUUUUCCCAUAUCUCAUUUAUUUUUUCUUCUUCUUCUUCUUCUUCCUUUUGCUUCAACUAUUCACAUGAUCAGUCCCUCCUCCACCCGAAUUCUCUCCUUCUCCAUCACACCAUGUGGGAUUUCAUGGAGGGAGAUCUGAUGCGUCUGGCAAUUGGAGGUCCUCAUGAUGGCCCUCGAGAAUAAAGCAGGAAACAUGCAAAAAUAUUGUGAGGCAUCCACAGGAUGCCUCCAAAAUAAUGUAUUCCCUGGUAAUUUGCAUUUCCAAGGGAAUCGUAUCCAUGGAUUAUUUCAGAGAAAAGAUGGAAUAACUACCCAUUCUGGAAGUGGUAAUAUGGACCCUAAAGACAAAUUCAGCCAGACAUCCUUUACCCUUCCAGUUGAAGGUUAUAGAAGUCCGAUGCAUCACCAAGAUUUUGAGACUUGGCCAGCUUUUCAUCCUGAAUUUCAGAAGGCGCGCCAGAACCACUUAUAUGCACUCGAAGCUCAUCAUUAUCCCCUCAAUUAUGAGUAUGGUUUUCCUAUUGACAACCGGUUUCAGUAUGUACCCUUAAGGAUGUCAUCACAAAAUUAUCCACCAGAUGCUCGGUCACAAGAGUUCCAGUAUUUUGUGGUCAUAGAUUUUGAGGCUACCUGUGACAGAGAUAAGAAUCCUCACCCCCAAGAGAUCAUUGAGUUCCCUUCCGUUUUAGUGAACAGCAUGACAGGCGAACUGGAAGACUCUUUUCAGAUAUAUGUGCGUCCCACUCACAAUCAACUUCUGAGUGAUUUCUGCAAAGAGCUUACAGGCAUCAAGCAAACCCAGGUAGACAGAGGCGUUCUCUUAAGUGAAGCCCUACUUAUGCAUGAUAAGUGGCUUGAAGAGAAGGGGAUUAAACACACUAACUUUGCAGUGGUGACGUGGUCAAAUUGGGACUGUAGAGUUAUGUUGGAAUCAGAGUGCCGGUUUAAGAAGAUUAGGAAACCCCCAUAUUUUAAUAGAUGGAUAAACCUAAAAGUUCCGUUCCAUGAAGUAUUUGGCGCUGUUAGAUGCAACUUAAAGGAAGCCGUCCAGCUAGCGGGCCUGGUUUGGGAGGGCCGUGCACACUGCGGUCUAGAUGAUGCCAAAAACACUGCCCGCCUUCUUACCCAUCUUAUGCACCGGGGAUUCAAGUUUGCCAUAACCAAUACGCUGAUGUGGGCGUCCGCUGAAUGUCCUCUGGCGAUGCGGCAGUUCCUGGACAGCCGCUCAAGCUCGAUCCCGCAGUCGCCAAAAGUGAAGCAACCUCUGAUGCCGUUGCUACAUUUCCAACCGGUCCAAACUGACCCUGCAAAAGACCACCACAAUUACUGCUACUGUGGGGUGAAAAGUAACAAGCGGAUGGUCCGGAAGCCAGGACCAAAGCAUGGGAGUUUCUUCUUUGGGUGCGGUAAUUGGACCUCCGCAAGAGGGGCUCUUUGCCCUUACUUUGAAUGGGCUACUCCCUAAGUUAAAAGGAGGGGAUUCUAUCCCUCAGAAGCAGAAUCCGAAGAUAGUGGACAAUUCUGGGAAGAAAAGAACAAAAAGAGACGGGCGGUCUCCUGUGAAAGCAAGCGUACCUUCAGCGAUCUCGAGAGGUAACUUUUUACCUUUCACCACAAAUAGUCGGCCUCCACUAGGCGGCCUUUAAAGAAGUCUAAGGAUUACCUUGUAUAGUUGGGGCUUCUUUCGAUGAGGAGGGAGGGAGGAGGUAUUCAGAAAAUUGCUUUGCAUAGGAGAGUGGUUCUGCGUGCAGGGACACAAUUUUUAACUAUUAUGAAUAACCAGUGAUAUCGGAACGAACUUCAUUU